GAUGGAUGGAUGGAUGGAUGGAUGGAUAUGCAGAUGAAUAAAGCAGCCUGUUGUCCCCUUUCUCUCUGCCCCUUCCUUGGGAAAUGUGUGGAGGCUCCCUUUGGACAUCUCAGGGUCCUGUGAUGCCUGUUCACUGUUACAUUAGAAAAAGUGCCCGAAGUCCCCGUGGGUGACACGCCCUCCCAGUUGUUGGCCCAGACAGGACAGCGUUAAUGCAAGCAACUGCAAGUCUCCAAAAGUUACAAGAGUGUAAAAAAAAGAAUGUGUGGUUUGUUUCAUUUUUGUUCCUUGCUUUCUUGAUUUGCACUUGAAACUUGAAUUUUGGGGGCUUUUUUCAACAACACUCAGUUUAUUUUUCUUUUUGUCCAAAAACUGAAUCACAAUGGGUUAUCCAAGUGGGAGAAGCUUCAUGUUCAACCACUGACUGCCAGCAACACUUACCAACCUCCUUUGUAUUCCCUCAGUUAACAGCUGGCUGACCUGGCACUUUGGCUCAGGCAUGACCUACUUAAUGGAGGAUUCACGAGACAAUUCCUAGUUCUGGAUGACAUGAACAUGAACAGCAUUUGCAGAAACAAUGGUGAGGGAGAGAUGAUGAGGCCAUGUACUUCAGCGACCAUGAGCCAGCACACUGGGAAACUCUAUAGAUCUGCUGUGUCUUCAUUCAUCUUCUUCUUGGUUGCUGAUGUAGGAGUUACUGGUGGAAGUGCAAACAAGGAGAAUGCGGCAGCUGUGAUUCAUGUAACAGCACAGCCUUUGUUGUUGACACCUGAGCCUUGGAACUUUUUGGUGACUCAAACACCAGCCAAGGAGAAAGCUAAAGAGGGUGAAACUGUGGUCCUGACCUGUCAUCUUAACAGUCCACAGCAUCCCUCCCUGACUGACCUGAUGGUGAAGUGGUACAAAGAAGAUGAAAAUGGGCAGAUGGACCUGCUAGAAAAGAAUGUGACCAUCCUGCCAAAUAACUCCAGGAUCUUCACGAGUGGAGACUUGUCCCAAGGGGAUGUUUCCCUGAUUAUCCUCAAUGUGACAACCAGUGACCAUGGAAUUUAUUUCUGUGAGGUUACACUUCCAGACGGGAACGUGGUGACAGGAGAUGGCACAAAGCUCAGGAUCAGGAGGGCUCUGGGCUUGUUUGGUAUGGAAGAAUCCAUUGGAACAAUCAUUGGUGUUGUGGCAGCUGGUAUUGGUGGCAUAGUUGUUCUGAUCGUUGUUUUAACCCCCCAGCUGAGGAAGUGCAUUCUCUGCAUGAGACAAGAGUCUCACCAAAGCAUAGCUUGAGGUGCAGCAUUACAGGAGUCGCUGGGAUAUGCAAAGCCUGCAAGGUGGAACAACUUCUGAUGCCCUGUAAGCCAAAAAAACGGAGUUCUAGAUGGAAUAAAAGCCUUUGCCUCUA